AUGACAAGAAAUGUUGGAGCACCGAGAAUUAUCAAAGAUGGCACACAUGAAUUGCAUCUCUACCAAUCAUCAAAAAUGGGUAAAGAGUUGAAAUUCGAGGCGGUAGUCACUUAUGGAAUGACUGCUGAUGAGGAGUUGGAGAAGAAAUUCGGUGGUUAUUGGAUGGUUGGGAUCUUCGAGGAUCCAUACGGAAUGGCGUACACCGUUUCCCGGCGAUCACCGAUGUAUGUCGUGUUUGAAGUGAACGAGAAAGCCGGGAUCUUGUGUGCAAGUCAAGGAUCUGGUGGGAAUCGGCUCGAUAAGUUCAAAAUCACGAAAGACGGCUUCAAUACACAUCUUUUACAAAGGCCUAAAAAUCAU